CAAGUUUUCGUCGUUCAAUCAGUUUCCACUCCCCUUUGACUCUUGGUUUUAACCAACCAUUUUUUGUUGCCCAAUGCUUCAUAAAACACCGUUUAUAUCUCGACUUUUUUUUUUUCAGAAAAAAAGAAAAGAAUGAUUGGUUAAUCAAUGGAUAACUCCGGAAAACCAAAUAUUUAUGGAAGUUGUGCAGGUGAAGACGCCGGAGAAGACAUCCUUCAGAGCCUUCACGACGGCGGCUGUAAAUCAUCCUGCAUUAGUAAGCAGUGGAGAGGUACACCAUAUGGCUAUAGAAGAAUGCUUAUCAACGGAAGCUUCAAUUGUGUUUGAUGAUUACCUAAGAAAAGCCGAAAAUAAAAGAAAAAUAGAUAAAGCAUAUAGAGAAAGAUGCAAGAUGAAAAAACUACAAAUGGAACAAGACAUGGUGACUUUUGUCGAAGAAAAUAAGCGUUUAAAGAUAGAGAAUGAAUCUUUGAAGGAGAAGAAUGCUUCUAUGAAUCAAAUUUUGCAAUCUCGAAGGAAAGAGCUGAACGAGGUUAAAAAUAUUGUUGAGAACUUAAAAUUUGAGAAUAAGAAGCAAAAUGCACUUGCACAAAUAUUGUCAGACCUUCUAGUUAAUCCUGAUAUGUGCCAAGAAAAUCAGAAGCUUAAAGAUGAAAAUGCUCAGUUGACAGAAAUGGUUAAAUUGAGUGAUGAGCAAUUAAAGAUUGUGAAGGAGAAUGGAAAGUUACACCAUGAGAAUAUGCUACUCAAAGUGCAGAUAGAUGCUUUAUGCGGUAAGAUAGUUCAUCAAAAUAGCAAAAUUUGUGGCCAUAAGUUACUGGGAUAAGGGGGCAUUGAUAGAUAUUGUAAAAGGAAACUACACUGUUUCUCUCUCUUUCUCUUAAAAAACAAGGGUAAUAGUAAGCAAUUUAUUUGCUAGUAAUGAAGUUUGGAUUUGG